CAAUAUGACAACUUUGCCAGUCGAAGGCUGGACCGAUCAAUCAAUGACCACAUUGUCCGGGUUCUUUAAUGUCAGCAGCCCUCUAAAUGCCACCUUUCCGGCUGCCGUGUCCAUCAAUCUAACCGAUUUGGCAUCUACGGAUAACAACAAUACCUCCGCCCUGUCGAGCGAAGAUGAUGAUCGCAUAGAGGCGGUGGUGCGUGUGUUGGUGCCCAUUUGCUUUGGCAUCAUUGCCGUGACCGGCUUCUUUGGCAACCUGCUCGUCAUACUUGUCGUGCUGCUAAACAAGAAUAUGCACUCGACUACCAACUUGUUGAUUGUCAAUCUGGCUGUUGCCGAUCUGCUUUUCGUCAUAUUCUGCGUGCCCUUCACAGCCGUCGACUAUGUGAUGCAGUAUUGGCCCUUUGGCCGCCUUUGGUGCAGAACAGUCCAGUAUCUUAUUUGUGUGACGGCCUACGCUUCCAUCUACACGCUCGUCCUCAUGUCCAUCGAUCGUUUUCUGGCCGUAGUCCAUCCCAUACGCUCGAGACAACUACGGACCGAGCACAUCACCAAAAUUGCCAUUUGCACGCUGUGGACUGUUGUGCUGACCGUCUCGUUGCCAGCUAUCUUUGCCCAUAAUGUACUGGUCCAGCACGAUAUCAAGAAAAACGUCACAUAUGCCUCGUGCCAAUUCAUUGAGAACGAGAUUCUCGAUAGGCGCACCUUCCACACCUGCUUCUUUGUAAGCUCGUAUCUGCUUCCCCUGAUGAUCAUCAGCGGCUUGUAUGUGCGCAUGAUUAUGCGACUGUGGCGACAAGGAAGUGGCGUUCGAAUGUCAAAGGAGUCGCAGCGCGGCCGUAAGAGAGUCACCCGAUUAGUGGUUGUGGUGGUCAUUGCAUUCGCCUCCCUCUGGCUGCCCGUGCAGCUGAUUUUGGUGUUGAAGUCGCUGGAUGCUUACCACGCCGAUACAAUGUUUCUCGUCAUCCUGCAGAUUGUUGCUCACACAUUGGCAUAUACGAGCUCCUGCAUCAAUCCACUGCUAUAUGCAUUUCUCUCGGACAAUUUUCGCAAGGCUUUCUACAAGGCCAUUAACUGCUCGAAUCGUUACCAGAAUUACACAUCUGAUUUGCCACCACCUCGCAAAACAUCCUGUGCUCGCACCUCCACCACAGGCCUCUGAGCGACGACAGCGACGGCAUCUGAAUUAUCCGUUGGCUGGAAUUAUCGAAAUGUUGCCAAAGUGAUUGACUGGGGUCGGUCGUCCAGACCGGCUGUGCCUGUUCUUACCUCUAAAAGGGAGGCGCAGUGGCUUCAGAUUAAUUGUGGGUCCACAAAACGCGUUCAUUGCUGUCCUCGAGCUCGUCCUGGCUGCCUAAAUACGGGCAAUUAUGGGCUGAGCAUGUGCCGUUAAUUAAGGCACGGCAACCCACGGAUGAAUGAAUAGCGGAGUUUUGUUCAAGUUAUCGGCACAAGAAUAACAACGAAUUAUGUAAACAUUUGAUUAGCGCUUCAAGCGAGUAUUAUUAUUUGGUUUAAGUCCCGUUAGGCGCCUUUUUGUACAGUUGCCAGUUGCGUAGUCUAAGUAAAUGUCUCCUAGUUAACGCUAAUUGUUAUGUCCAAAUGUCCUUGCAAGCGGC